UACAAGUAUUGUAGAAACAUAAGCAAUAUAUGUUCCAGAUGGUUAUAUGUGCAUCAAUAGAAAUUUUUACAAAUGAUUGUCAGGGUUAUAAGCAACAUAUUCUGAUGGGUGAAAACAAUACAAAUUGCUCAAGCAUUUAUUAAAGCAUCAAUUAUUUAUUAAUUGAACCUUUAUUAUAAAGUAUGACCAAAAUGAGAGGUGAGAAUGGAGUCUGGAAGUCUGUGGUACCAUUACAAUUACCAAUGGUUCAGAGGAGGUAUAAGUCAAAUACGAGAGUAUCACCAUCAUCAACAACAGCGACAACAGUGGACAGUCCUUUUGUUGGUAGAGUCAGAGGCCCAAGCUGCCCACUAGAAGUUAGGUCCUUCCUUUAAAAUGUCUCAAAGCAGACAUCUAAAAACAGAGACACCCCCAAAUCAAUAGUCUCUUUUGAAAAUAUAGGCCAGGACUCUUGGGUGCUGUUUCAGGCUCAGGGUGAGGAGUGUGUUCUAGUAGCUCAGAAAAAGUAACUGAAAAUCUGGAUGCCCGGGUUCUGUUUCCAGCUCUGGUAGGUGAAUGGUUGCCCAUAUCUGUCUAAUGCCCUGAGCCGACAACAUGCUGAGGGUUCCCAGCUCUCAUUGAGAGUUAAAUGUUCACUACACCAUAUAAAUUGUGUUCAGAAUCCUGAUAUAUACGUGACUGCUCAGUUUGUUGUCUGUCAGCAAUGACCUGCAUCUAACAAAAUCACCUGUGUAUUUUUUUGUUUCCGCUUUAUGGUUUCAUGUGUUUUGGUAGGUACACCACCUGGCCCCAAUGGUGAAGAGAGAUCAAACCAAUGUGAAGGAAUUUAUUCUGCUUGGGUUCCCUGGCUCUCGUUAUUUGCAGAUCUCACUCUUCAUGCUAUUCUCGUUCAUGUACCUCCUGACACUCACAGGAAACAUCACCAUCAUAUCCUUAGUGGGGACCCACCGUCGCCUCCGCACUCCUAUGUACUACUUUCUCUGCAAUCUCUCCUUCCUGGAGAUCUGGUACACCACAGCUACCAUCCUCAAGACUCUUACCAAUCUCAUGUCCCAAAGCAAAACCAUCUCCUUCCUUAGCUGCCUCCUGCAGAUGUACUUUGUUUUCUCCCUAGGCUGCACUGAAUUUCUACUCCUGGCUGUCAUGGCCUAUGAUCACUAUUUGGCCAUAUGCCACCCAUUGCGCUAUAGCUCCAUCAUGAACAGCACCUUGUUCAUUCAGUUGGCCAUUGCCUCAUGGGUAGGUGGCUUCCUGACUAUUUCUGUGCCAGCAUUUCUGAUCACCAGGUUGUCCUUCUGUGGCCCUACGGUCAUCAACCAUUUCUUCUGUGACAUAGAUUCUUGGAUAGAGCUCUCCUGCACAGACACGAGCCUUUUUGAGAUGGUGUACAUUUCUAGGUGCUUUAUUGUCAUCCUGGGCUCCUGUGCAGUCACCCUGAUCUCUUACAUUUACAUCAUCUCCACCAUCCUGAGAAUCCCAUCUGCCCAAGGCUGGAAAAGGACCUUUUCCACUUGCUCUGCCCAUCUCACCGUUGUGGUUAUAGUGUACGGCUGCUCCAUCUUCCUGUACGUCAAGACUUCUAAACAGAACUCACUAGACAUGAGCAAAAAUGUCUCUGUCUUCAAUACUAUUGUGACACCAUUGCUUAACCCUUUCAUUUACACUCUAAGGAAUAAAGACGUCAAGGAAAUCAUGAGAAAGGCUUUUCAUAGGACAUGACGUUAUUGUCUAAUGGCCUGGAUAGCACUGAUUUAGUCAGGCAGCGAGGGGAAAUCAAGUGAACCAUCAAAACAUAUGAAUAUUAAAUAAAUCAUUUUUGGUAUCUAAAUAUAAUCAAAUAAAAAUAAUGCAGAAUUUGGCCCAGAAUUUGGAAACUAUGUUACCGGGACUGAGUCUCAUUUACAAUAAGGCAACUUUGAAUUCUUUUGGCAGUGUAAAUGGACCUUAAAAUGGGUGUGACUGUAGUUCACAAGGUCUGAAAGACCCUUUUAAACUGCUGGAAUGAUGGAAAGGGGGGGUUAUUUUCAGUGUUCAUCAAGUCCUCAUUGUUUGUGUAUAUAAACUAGCCUGAUAUGAUAUAUUUCUCCAUUUUACCCAGAUACUUGCUUCUGACAUUUAGCACUCUAGUACUUUUGAUGUAGCUCCACAAGCAUUGACAUCACUUUUCUUACAAUCCAGAAAAUGUUGAUAAGACUCUCUGAAAACUUUUAGAAGACUUGGAUGUGACUGGAAAGCUGUGAUAAUACUUUGUCACAUCUGUCAACACAAUGAUGCAAAUUACACAGCUUCUUAUUAUCUUUCACAUGAUUUGACAUAUAUCUAGCUCUAUUACAACAUUUUGACAAGGCUCUAUGGUCCAGAAGCCAAAGGUAUUUAGGUGCUAAAAUCAGGCUCAGCCUUUCCAGGAAUUAGGCAUCAAAACCUGAUUCAGUUUUGAUGGGAUUUGUGGGCCUAACUCUUAGCAAUUUAACACCUUUAACAAUUGCAACCUAAACAACAAUAAAAUAUAAUCAUGGAUCUAGGUGUGGAUAUUUUGACAUGUGAUGUUGACAAUUUGUAUUAUAACAGCUCAUAAAGCUUAACUUUUUUAAUCUGAAUGUCUACUGCCAGUAAAUAAUUGC